AGAUUGCAGUGUCAGUCUGUCAAUUGCAUAGCUAUUACACUUUAUUGUGUAGUAAACAAGUGUACAUUCGUAAUAAUUUUAUUUAAAUUAUAUUAUAUUUUAAAUUAAUUGUUAAUAUUCGUAUUAACCAUAUACCAUUACCGCUACAAUUUGGGUGAAAAAUAAAACAAAAACACGAAUAAAAAUCACUUACAACAUCGCAUUCGUUGGAUUAUGUACCUAGUUGGUGCUAUUUGUAAUUUAUUUUCUUCUCAUCGCAAGCUAAUGGAAUUAUGUGUUCAAACGCACUGAUCUCAUUUUUUAGUCAGUGGAGGUUAUGGAUUAGACCUGUGUUCAUUGCUCUAUAUGUCAUUCUAAUUGUGGUGCUAGUGCCUAUAUUAAUAGUACAUUCUAUAAACAAUGGGUUCAAGAAAUCAGAUCAGGGAGUACUCGUUGGAGGUGGCUUCGUGCUGCUUGCAGUGCCUAUAUCUAUUUGGCAGAUAACUCAGCACAUUGUUCACUAUACUAAGCCUUCGUUACAGAAGCACAUUAUAAGAAUACUAUGGAUGGUGCCUAUAUAUGCCCUAAAUGCAUUGAUUGGACUUGAAUUUCCUGAACAAUCAAUUUACCUAGAUUCAUUGAGAGAAUGUUAUGAAGCCUAUGUUAUAUAUAACUUUAUGAAGUAUCUCCUAAACUACCUGAAUGAUGGCCAUGACUUAGAAGCUGUGUUGGAGACAAAACCUCAAGUAUAUCAUAUAUUUCCAUUGUGUUGCCUAGCACCAUGGGAAAUGGGGAGGGAAUUUGUACAUAACUGCAAGCAUGGAAUACUUCAAUACACUUUAGUAAGGCCAAUAACUACAGUAAUUUCAAUGAUAUGUGAGCUGAAUGAUGUAUAUGGGGAGAGUGACUUCAAACCUAAUGUAGCAUUUCCAUAUAUCAUAGCCAUAAACAAUCUAUCACAAUUCGUAGCUAUGUACUGUUUGGUACUCUUUUACAAGGCAAACAGAACUGAGCUCAAACCAAUGAAGCCUAUUGGGAAAUUCUUAUGUAUAAAAGCUGUUGUUUUUUUCUCUUUUUUCCAAGGAGUGAUAAUCACCAUAUUGGUUUACUGCGGUGUCUUAAAAACGAUAUUUGACAUUUCGGAUACUGAUACAGUCAAGAUUAUAUCUUCAAAGCUGCAGGACUUCCUCAUAUGUAUAGAAAUGUUUCUGGCGGCGAUAGCGCAUCAUUAUAGUUUCUCGUACAAGCCUUACGUGUCGCCAUUGGACGCGUCGCCUUCGUGUCUUGGCUCGUUUCUCGCAAUGUGGGAUGUUUCGGACGUGAAACGGGACAUAUCCGAGCACCUUGGUGUCGUCGGGAGUUCUUUCAGUAGACGAUUACGAGGUAAAUCGAUGUAUCACAUGACUCGUGGAUACGACGAAAGUUCUAGACUGAUGGGUGAGCCGGUUCCGUCCAGUUCGGCUCCUAAUUUGACUACGGAGACGGAAACGCCUUCGGUAGAAGUUCGACCUUCGGCAUACGGAUCUCUAGAAAACACGGUUACGAACAUGUCAAUGACCUCAGAAACCGAUCCUUUACUCGACGCUUCAGAUAAAUCGAACGAUAACGAAAAUCCUCAGGCUUAACGCUAUUAUUGACAUGCCACGAAUUAAGCAGCAGUUUAAUUAUUUUUAUGUAAGAUGAGACGUUUUUCCAACGUCUUAAGUAUUUAAAUACGAAAAGAGAUUAUGUACUAAAGUGACAGGAAGUAAUUUGGCUAGUGUGAAACGGAACGUAACGCCCAAAAGCAGUCAUUUCUUAUUAUUUUAAACGCGACUAAAUAUGACUAAGGUGAUUGAGUAUUGUAGUUUGAUAUAAGUUUUGAAUUUUUAACAAUUGAAGAGAAACCCUCAGACUCCUCUCUAAAUGAUUAUAUGUACAUAAUAAUAUGUACUAUCUUCAGCUAUUGCCCUAAUAAGUUUUUGCCUCAUGUUUUAUGAAAUAAGAGAUCAUUGUGACAUUUUUUUAAUGUAAAUAUAUUCGCACGUGAUUCUCGACAAUAACACGGAAACUGUUAAGUUUUGUUAUGUUUUUAAUGGAGUUUUUUUUUUUGUAUUUUAUUUUCUUCAUAUCACAAGCUAUUUAUGUUAGAUCGAUAAAAUAGUCGUUUUGAACAUUCCCUUGCUACUUAAAAUAUAUCUUAAACCAGUUGUUCACUUUACCAAAGCAUGAGUGUGCUAAUAAUGUAUUUAAUUCAAAAUAUUUUCAUGUUUUUAUGAUCUGCUAAUUAUGAAUAUUUAGUGGUACUUAUUUGUAGCUGUUAAAAUUUAUGAAUGUGAUAAUUAUUUACAAUUUAAUUAUAAAGCAUACACAACUAAGAUUUACAAAUAAA